CGUCAACACAGAUGUCUCGCUACAGUAGCAGCAGCACACUCACCAAACGCCCCUGUACCGCGAUAGAUCUGACAUUGAAACCAAGGUGUGAACACGAUGGCGGCAGCUUUGCCGGCUCUGGACCCGGACCUGCUCCGGGAAGUCCUGGAGUGCCCCAUCUGCCUGGAGACUUACAACCAGGAGCAGCUGCGGCCCAAGCUCCUGCAGUGUGGCCACACCGUGUGCAGACAGUGUCUGGAGAAGCUGCUGGCUAGCACCAUCAACGGCGUGCGCUGCCCCUUCUGCAGCAGGGUCUCCCGCAUGAGCAGCAUCUCCCAGCUGGCCGACAACCUCACUGUGCUCAAGAUCCUGGACUGUGCCAGCUCCUGCACCACCGCCGGCGCCCUCAUGUGCAAGUCCUGCCGCAACCGCCUACCCCGACAGUACUGUCUAGACUGCGGCAUGGUGCUCUGCGACCUCUGCAAGGGUGAGGGCCACCAGCAGCAGGGCCACGCCGUCCAGCCCAUCCGGGCGGCCGCUGAGCAGCGCCGGAAGGACCUGGGUGGUAAGCUGGCAUCCCUCCGCGAAGCCAUGGACCACAUCCAGAAGAAGAGGGCAGCCAUUGACAGUCUGGCAAAGAACAUGCGGGUGAAGUACCGGGUAGUGCAGCAGGAGUACGCCCGGGCUGAGCUGCGUCUGCAGGAGGAGCUGGGGCGCCAGCGGCGGGCCUUCGCUGCCUCCAUGGCUGAAGUGGAGAAGCUGAACGGGCAGAUCCUGGAGGAGCAGACAUACCUGCUGAACCUGGCCGAGGUGCAGGUGGUGUCCCGCUGCGACUACCUCACCAUGCAGGUGAAGCAGAGUGACAUCGCCCUGCUGGAGGAGGAUGGAGGGGGGAAGGAUGAGGAGGAGCUGGACCUAAGGAGCAGCCUGGACCUGCCUACGCUGAUCAAGCUCCAGGACCCUGAGCUGGUGACUACGGAGCACCCCGAGGCCCUGGAUGUGGCCCAGCUCACCACCAAACCCUGCACUGUCAACACUGAUGAGGAUGAGGGGCUGCUGGAGUUUGGGGUUGGUGCCAUGUGCAAAGCUGCAGGGGUGGUGGGGGACCUGUACAGAGACAUUGAUAUGGUAAUGCCUGUUGAUGAGGCUGUGUGUGCCUCACCGGGCAGCUUUAAGUCCAAGUCCAUGGACGAAGGGGGGCCCUCCUCGCCCGGUGAUGCCAGGGCCGGCUCAGGGCCACAGCACUGCCAGUUUGUAAAAAAGAUGGGUUGCAAGGGUAACCUGCCGGGGAUGUUCAACCUGCCAGUUAGCAUCUGCGUCACCCCACAGGGUGAGGUCCUGGUGGCUGACCGGGGCAACUAUCGCAUCCAGAUCUUUAACCGCAAGGGCUUCCAGAGGGAGAUCCGCCGCAACCCCAGCAGCAUCGACAACUUUGUCCUGAGCUUCCUGGGCGCCGACCUGCCCAACCUCAUCCCACUGUCCAUCGCCAUCACGCCUCAGGGCCUCAUCGGGGUCACCGACAACUACGACAACUCGGUCAAGGUGUACACCACCGACGGCCACUGCGUGGCUUGCCACAAGAAUCAGCUGAUCAAGCCCUGGGGCAUCGCCGCCAUGCCCUCGGGUGAAUUCGUGGUGUCUGACGUGGAGGGUGGCAAGCUUUGGUGCUUGGCGGUGGACCGCAACGUGGGUGUGGUCAACUACAACCGCCUGUGCUCGGCCGUGCGGCCCAAGUUCGUGACGUGCGAUGCAGCGGGCACUGUCUACUUCACCCAGGGGUUGGGCCUGAACAUUGAGAAUCGCCACAACGAGCACCACCUAGAGGGGGGCUUCUCCAUCGGCUCGGUAGGCACGGACGGCCAGCUGGGCAAGCAGCUAAGCCACUUCUUCUCUGAGACUGAGGACUUCCGUUGUAUCACGGGCAUGUGCGUGGAUGCAAACGGGGACCUUCUGGUGACGGACAGCGGCAGGAAGGAGAUCCUGCAGUUCCCCAAAGAGGGCGGCUUCAACGUGCUCAUCCAGGAGGGACUGACGUGCCCUGUGGGCGUGGCCGUCACACAGAAAGGACAGCUGAUGGUGCUGGACUGCUGGGACCACUGUGUAAAAGUCUACUCGUACCUACAGAGGAGACGCUCCUCUACCUGCUAGGGGCUAAGAAACUACAAAUCUAGUGUGUGUGUGUGGGGGUGUGUGUGGGCAUGUGUGUAGAGACUGUGGUGAACUGUUGAUCUGUCACUUUAAAAUAAAUGGCUGCAUUCCAAACAACUCGUGCUCCUCCAUGAUCUGAUCUCUGGUCAGUGCUUAGCAAGUCAUAUUAUGAGCCCAUAUUCUAAUCACUGAUCCCUGGUCAGUCAGUGGGACUGGCUAGGAGCACACUGGAACCAAGCCUGUGUAUCUACCAUUUGAGCUGCUUCGGUUGAUUUUAUGGAUCACAGCACUAAAGACAGCAAUAAUGCAUCAGUUUUGUCACUUUGGGGUUGGGGGAAACCGGUAUGUCAAUCAACGUGUGAAAUUGUUAUAUUUUAAUUGAUGUACUGUACAAAAUAUGAGAUUUAUGACAAUUACUAAGCCUAAUGACGUGACAAGAAAAUACAUUGCAAAAAAUAAUUGCGCUUACAGGCCUUAUUGAUUUAGAAGGCAUGUCUAAUCGAAAACUUCUCGAACCUAAAUGUAAAGGAUGGGAUCAUGGACAUGAUCACUAUAACCCAGCCAUCAAUAAAAUGUAUAUCAUGCAGUUCAAGUUGCUGACUGGAGUGUUGGACUCCCAGAGGGCUCCAUCUUCAACCUGCAAAUGUUACGUUUCCUGUAGACACAGAUCUAGGAUCAGCUUACCCUCCCUUAACUUGAACCAUUAGUGGGGGAACUUCUUCCUAUUCUGUAAUUCCAAUCACAUAUCCAGGGAUUGCAUUGUGCUAUAACAAUGGACAUCCUUUAUUAUUCUGAGGCAAAGAAAAAAUACAGAUGAGUACAUAGGUGAAAUUCUGGUAAUUUAUUGUACUCUCAUGAGACAUUUGUGAAACCAUAUUUUUUGAAUCACCAAAGGAUUUAAAUUCAAGAUAUUGUGGUAGACAGCAUGCUAACCUUGUCACUGCAAUAGUCUCUCACUACAAAAUACUUUCUAAAAUGAUCACUACAGGUAGGACUAUUCCAUGCCUAACUGACAUAUCACACUACCUAUAUUUCAAGCCUAACUGACAAAUCACUUCAGAUAUUCCAAAUCUAUUACAUUAUUUACAAUAUAAAAAGUCAUAAAAUGCAAGAAAAAUCAAGUGUCCUUGUUUCAAUGUGAUGAACAACAAAAAUGUUGCUCUCUGUCUAAAUGGUGAUUUUAUUAUUCACUGAACUUAUCUGGAGAGAUUUCUUUACAUGUAAUUGCCUAUUUCCUCUGAGUUUGUGUUUAUAUAUAUAUAUAUAUAUAUAUAUAUAUAUAUAUAUAUAUACUACUGGGUCUUCUGAAUGUUCUGUUUCUGUGCAUUAUGUGUGUUGAACCAACCCAUGUGUCUUUCAGAAGUUUGGCCUUAUUUGGUGGAGGCAGAGACUUUACAGUAUGUGUUACUAUCACAUUAGAUGAGUUUCUGCGUAACGUGAGUCUCGAUUUCAUGUUUGUAAUGUUGAUUCUCGAUUUCAUGUUUGUAAUGUUGAUUAUCUAUUUAGUGCAAUAAACCCAAUAUUGAUAAAGAUCUGUAUGUUGUGGUUUCAGAUUUUCCAGGCAGGAAUUUAUAUUGUAGAUGACACUGGCUGUUGGGAAAAUGUAAAAAAUGUGGGAUGGCAGGUAGCUUAGCGGUUAGAGC